GGGGUGAAUGGAGAUCAGUAGAUGUCUACUGGUGACCAGCCAAGACAAUUCAUCAUGACGCUUCCUGGAACAGCAUUCUAACCCGACAGCGUUCUUCAUGCUUUUAGAGGUGCUCAGACACUUCAACAACAAUAACAAAUGAAGAACAAUGAAGCUGAAGAGAAUACAUGUAUCAAUAAAAUGAAUUAACAUUGUUCCAUGGAUAAGGUGAACAUGUGUUGGGAACAGCUGAUGUGCCUUCACUGUCAGCUCCUCUGCCUCCGAUGCCUGCUGCCCUACCCCAGCCACUGAAUCUCCUCGGUCACCCAGCUGCGUUCCCGCCCUCCGCACCCCUACCACCAAAUGAGACUUCAUUGUAUCACAACUCGUCCAUACAGUCCCAGCCAUGCACACAAACCGUGUAACGAAAAGGGGGAGAGUAGAAUACAACAGCUGCUUCAAUGAAUACAGGACAGACAAGAGAACUAUUUUGUCCCUCCAAAUGACAACCCUUUGAUUCAAAUACAAGAGAACCCUGAAAAACAACUAAGUCUGUUCCCAAACAGCUCUACAGGCCCCCCUGUCCCUGUGUUUGGGACAGACUUCUCAACCCAAAAUGAGACAUUAAACCCUGAUUAUUCACUAACAUCAAUCCCAAAAGUACAAAACCCCCAGAAGUGCUUCGACAAUUCCCAAUUCACAGACUGGCAUGAAGUCAAACGCUUGAUUUGCAAAGAGGAAAGUCUGAAUCCUCUAGCUAUGCCUGUGCUAUUCAGCCAACAAGCCGAAAAUACAAGAACAUGGACAGCUAUCCCACCUCAUGAAAUAAAAGAACUACGAAAAGCAGUGAAAGACAGUGGCAUUUGCUCACCCUAUUUUAAACAACUGCUUAAAAGUAUGAUAGAAGAACACACGCUGACACCAAAUGACUGUAAAAAUCUCGCCAGUGUAAUUCUCACAGAUUCACAAUAUAUGCUGUGGGAACACAUAUGGAGAAGAAUGCUUACAGGAGUUUUGACCACUUACAGGCAAAGCACUGAUGCAACCCUUCGCACCCUUACCAUAUCUAAGUUGACUGGUGAGCAUCCUGAUGACCGGAAUGAAGAUCAAGUGAACCUACCCAGAAUAGUAUUUGAUGACAUUAAAAAAAUGGCUCGUAGAGCCUUUUUGCAGAUUCAGCCUGCAGGAAGUUUUGAAAAAGCCUACAAUCUGAUCAGUCAAGAGCUGUCUGAACCAUUUACUGCAUUUGCAGACCGAGUGAUACAAGCAGCAGAAAGGCAAUGUGGCGAUGAUAUAGCUCGCCCAAUUAUGAUAAGAGACAUUAUUGAAAAUAAUGCCAAUGCUGAAUGUAAAAGAGUAAUCAAAGCCCUAGGAAAACAAAGACCCACAGUACCUGAAAUGAUUGAAGCUUGCAACAAAAUUGGAAGUCCACAGCAAGUGGCAGCUAUCCAAGCAAAUGAACUUGGAAAGACUUUAGGAGAAAAAAUUGAACGAGCUCUUACGGCUCAGGCAACACAAGCAGAGGCACGAGACCAAAAACUGACUGAAAUUCUAGCUGCUUUGCACCUGAACUCCCAGCAACAAAACAACACCAUGGCUGUUAUGCAAACUGCUGUAACCUCAGCACCUUGCUACUUUUGUAAAAAACCUGGUCAUAUUGUGAGAAAUUGCCCAGAAAUUAAAAGAGGUGCACAAGCACCGCAUCGCUGCCAUGCCUGCAAGAAAGGGAAACAUCAUGCCUGGCAAUGUCGAGCUAAGCAUGACACAAGGCAAACCCACUCUCCAAAAAACUCCAAAGCGAGUGCGCAAUGCCAUCAUGUGACGUAACAAAUAGUGGCAUCCCAAGCACCCGAGGCAAAAUUUAUGAAUGCCCCGACUCCACAACACUCCGCUACAUUAUCAGUCGAAUCCCAAGUACUGACCCAGACCUACUACCACCAAGAUCCUGGCGAACUUUGGCAACCUCCAAAUCAACAACACUUUUAAAAGACAAUAGCUAAAUUGUUUGUUUGAUGGUUGGAGCUUUGCACCUUGGCUAAAGAAACUUUGCAAAAUAAGCCUGUUCAUUUUAAUAGUAAUAGUAAUAGUUGUAGUUUUAGUAGUAGUUCCCUGCAUACUUCAGUGUGUGCAGAAAAUUAUGAGUAAAGCAGUUUCUACUAUUUUAAUUGUUCAUCAGAAUGGGGGAGAUGUUGGGAAGGAUGAAGUAGAAAGACCUUACAAAUAUAGUUGUUUAGAUUCUGGGAGUCUGAGUUCAACAAGCGAGAUAGAAAUGAAAGCAUGCUUUGAGAUUUAGGGUGUGGGGUGCAGGGCCAUCAGCUUGUGAACAACGACCUGCUAAGAUGAGGGCCAGCCCCCUUGAUUAAACAAUAUACUCCUGCUAAGCUGAGGGCCAGAUCGUUUGAUUAAACAAUCUCCUUCUGCUUGCCUUGGGUGGUAGGACAUUUCUAUUGGCUGUAUAUGUUGUCAUCUUGUAUUAGAUUGGUUGGUCCAACUCAUACUCUUCAACUUAGAAAGAUAUUUAAUGUACGGGAUUCGGGGCUCUGCGCUCUCUCGGCUCUGUUCGCUGUUCUUGCUCUCCUGGCCUGCUUUAGCUGUGCCCAGCAGCUACAAGCAAGGCCUUCACAAUAAACCACGUG